CCACGCCCCGGGAGGCCCCGCCUCUCCGCAGGCCCUGCCUUCCCGGUCUCCGGUCGUCCCCGCGGCUUCCCGCGUGCAUUGAAGAUGGCGGCUGCUGCAGGAAGGUUGCUUCGGGCCUCGCUCGCCCGGCAGGUGGGUGCCCUUGCUCGGGGCCUUUCUGCCUUCUCAGCCCCCAGACCUGUUACAGCUGCAAGAUCCUGUCGGGACAGCCUCUCGUGGUGUGGCUCCGCUCAGGCAAAACUCGCCUUCAGCACCAGCUCCUCGUGCCAUGUUCCCGCAGUCACCCAGCAUGCGCCCUAUUUCAAGGGUACGGCCGUCGUCAAUGGCGAGUUCAAAGACCUAAGCCUCGAUGACUUCAAGGGGAAAUACUUGGUGCUUUUCUUCUACCCGCUGGAUUUCACCUUUGUGUGUCCUACAGAAAUCGUGGCUUUUAGUGACAAAGCCAAUGAGUUUCAUGAUGUGAACUGUGAAGUUGUCGCUGUCUCCGUGGAUUCCCACUUUAGCCAUCUUGCCUGGAUCAACACACCACGCAAGAACGGCGGUUUGGGCCACAUGAACAUCGCACUCCUGUCAGACUUAACCAAACAGAUCUCCCGAGACUACGGUGUGCUGUUGGAGGGCUCCGGGGUGGCGCUGAGAGGCCUCUUCAUUAUCGACCCCAAUGGGGUCAUCAAGCACCUGAGCAUCAACGACCUGCCCGUGGGCCGCAGUGUGGAAGAGACCCUUCGCCUGGUGAAGGCAUUCCAGUACGUGGAGACCCACGGCGAGGUGUGCCCGGCCAACUGGACACCGAAUUCUCCCACGAUCAAGCCAAAUCCAACUGCUUCCAAGGAGUACUUUGAGAAGGUCCAUCAGUAGCUCAUCCCAUGUGUACCUGCACCUUGUCACACCGGAAGAUAAUCGCAACCCACCCACGCCUGGUACCCACUUUUAUCAUUGUGAAGGUGGGGGGCUGUAGAAGGCGAAAAGACAGCUCUGCUUAGCUUGAUAAACAGUCCAUCUAAAUGUUCUGCUUCUGUAACACUGGCUCGGUAGUUAGUGGUUAGCUGCAGACACAAGGAGCCUUUAGUGGAACACUGGGAGGGCUGGCCUGUUCCCGCAGACCCCCUCAUUCGCCCUCCCACUCCUUAGCUCAUGGCUC